CGGGGGAGUUGAGCACCGGAAUCUGAUGAACCGAGUGGAGGAAUGGGGCAGUUGAAUUGUACUGCCUGAGCCAAGCAGGCUAUCGGGAUUCCUGAGCUCUUUGGAGUCGGAUGAGUUAAUUGCGAAGUAGGACGAACCAACAGGCGAAUCAGAUGAGCAGAACCUUUGAAAUAGAAUGGACUGAUAUGGAGUCAAGGAGCUGAUCCGACCCACCCGUCUCUUUAUUAUUAUUUUUUUUUCACGAAAGACCAACCCCUCUUUAUGAUCGAAUGUAUUCGUCAAAUACACUAAAAAAACAUUAUGGCUUCUCAUGCGUAGCACGUGCCGCGCUAUUAUUAGCGCCUGCGAUGGGAACGCUGUUGCCGGCUCGAUUCGCAUCCUGUGCUCGUCGCCCAUACCCCACCCAGCUCCGACGACGGCCUUUCCGCCCGCCUCCGACAAGAAGCAUGAGCGUGUCCCAGGAAUCGGCGCUCCGAGAGCCCGCUCCCGCUUCUACCGAUGACGGCGACGGACCAGCGAAGGGCGACGUGAUGGUGCAGUACGUGGUCCUCCGCCGUGACCUGAUCGACACUUGGCCUCUCGGCAGCGUCGUCACCCAGGGCUGCCACGCUGCGGUGGCCGCAGUCUGGUCCCACCGCCAACACCCCGACGUCCUCGUUUACUGUUCCGACGACAAACUCGACUCGAUGCACAAGGUGACUCUGGAGGUGAAAGGGGAGACACAGCUGAGGAACCUUUCGGAGAAGCUCAAGUCAGAAGGGGUGGAUCAUAAGCUGUGGAUCGAGCAGCCGGAGAACUUCCCGACCUGCCUUGCCACCCGGCCUUAUCCCAAGUCUCAACUUGCAUCUUUCUUUAAGAAGCUUAAGCUCUGCAAAUGAUUAACAGGGGCCUUCAUCAAUAACAGUGCCAAGUAUUCCAUCUUUGUUAUUCUUUUGUGUCGAUCUCUAUCAUAACUGAGAACCAGUUUGCGUUGUGACAUCAUGUUUCUUUUGUAGGAUUUGAAAGUUAAGAAAAAUAACUCGCAACUAAUUA